AUCCCAGGUGUGAAGCAAAUGGCUAUGGAAAAUGAUUCUUCAGUGACAGAAUUUAUUCUUAAGGGAUUAACAGACCAACCCGAGCUCGAAAUGCCCCUCUUGCUCCUGUUCUUGGUCAAUUAUAUACUCACUGUGGUAGGAAAUUUGGGCAUAAUGAUUCUAAUUUGUCUGAACUCUCACCUUCACACCCCCAUGUACUUUUUUCUCUUUAAUCUGUCAUUCAUUGAUUUCUGCUACUCAUUUGCCAUUACCCCCAAAAUGCUGGCUAGCUUUGCUUUAGAGAGGAAUAUCAUCUCCUUCACUGGAUGCAUGACACAACUGUUUUUCUUUUGCUUUUUUGUCAACUCUGAGUGUUAUGUGCUCACCGUCAUGGCCUAUGAUCGCUAUGUGGCCAUCUGUCAGCCCCUGCUAUACACGGUCAUCAUGUCCCCUAGAACAUGUUCUCUGCUGAUGCUUGGUUCACACUUGAUGGGGUUUGCUGAUGCCAUGGUUCACACAGGGUGCAUGACCAGACUCAUCUUUUGUGAUUCCAACACCAUCAAUCACUACAUGUGUGACAUCUUCCCCCUCUUGCAGCUGUCCUGCAGCAGCACCUAUGUCAAUGAGCUAGUGACUUCUGCUGUUGUUGGUAUAUCUGCCUUUUUAUCUAGCCUCAUUAUCUUAAUCUCAUAUGCUUUGAUUCUUUUCAAUAUUAUUCAUAUGUCAUCAGUCAAGGGUUGGUCCAAGGCCAUGAGCACCUGUGGAUCUCACAUAAUAACUGUUGGCCUUUUCUAUGGUUCUGGGCUACUCACUCAUAUCAAAACAUCACACACCGAGUCUCUGGCCCAGGAAAAGUUUUUCUCAGUGUUUUAUGCUUUUAUGGUACCCAUGCUGAACCCCCUCAUUUAUAGCCUCAGAAAUAAGGAUGUCAAACUUGCUCUGAAAAGAACCCUGAAGAGAAUCACAAACUGA